AGUUCGGCUGAUAAACACGCAAACAGCUCCUCUGUCCGGGUAACCACCGAACAAAUCCGCUUCCCUGCUGAAUCAGAGGCGGCUCCUGGGUUUCCCAACGGACCUGAACGCAGCACCAUUUGUCAUGUGACUAAGGUCAGCUGACCGGAAGCAGCUGCGGAGCGGAAUAACACCGGGAUGGAUUUAAUCAACAGAAUAUCAGAGACAGAAUGUUGUAAACUGUGCCACCGGCUGGUGGACGGGCUGUGUGGGCGUGAGCCUCCUCUCAGGACGGAUUACUGCUCCACCUGGAGCCUGGAGGAGUGGCUGCAGCUGACCCACUUCCUGUCGGCCCUGUUCCACCUCGGCGUUGGGAGCAACAUCUCAGAUGAAGAGGUUCUGGCUAAGCUCUCAGAUAUGAACAGCAGCCAUGCCGGAGUGGUACUGAGUGUGCUCAGAGCACGACAAGGGGAGAUCCGCCACGCUCUGCUGGACAGAACCAACAACAUCUCCCCUGCUAGCCUGCAGGAUUUUGACUGGCAGCUGAAGUUGGCUCUGUCCAGCGAUAAGAUCUCGUCCCUCAACACGCUGCUGCUCAGCCUCAGCCUGGACGUGAGGGCGAACGGCGUCCUCCGGCCCAUCGCCAUGGAGAUGAACAGGGAGGAGCUCAGCUCUCUCAUCAGCUCGCUGGAGGCUGCUAAUAAGGUGGUGCUGCAGCUGAAGUGAAGACGUCAUGUUGGUUCUGAUGUAAUAAAGAUUUAAAGCACUGGGA